UGCUUUGUUGCUGCUUACAUUGCUACUAUUAAUUUUUAAUUUAUUAUUAAGAAAAAUUUCUUCAAAAAAAAAAAUUUUUGUAUUUUAUUGUAUUCUGAAAUCCUGAAAUAAAAUUAAAAAUGUCAUUUGAUACAAUUCCAAAAGACUUAAGAGGUUUAAGAGCAUGCCUUGUGUGUUCUUUAGUUAAGACAUUUGAUCAAUUUGAAUAUGAUGGAUGUGAAAAUUGUGAAGAAUUUUUACGAAUGAAAAAUAAUAAGGACAACGUUUAUGAUCAUACAAGUAAUAAUUUUGAUGGAUUAAUAGCAUUGAUGACACCUGAUGAUAGUUGGGUAGCCAAAUGGCAAAGAAUAACACGAUUUACAAGAGGUAUGUAUGCAAUAUCGGUGUCAGGCCGAUUACCUCCAGCUACAAUUAGAGAAAUGAAGAAUAGAGGAAUAUCAUAUAAAUCAAGAGAUAUGAGUCAAAGAUAAAUUAGAAUUUCAAUUUUCAUAAAAUAUAAACUGAUUUUACAUUUAAGAAUAAAACCAAAUUUAAGUCAUUAAAAUUUUUAAAAGCCGAAA